AGGUACCAUGGGAGAUGUAGUUCUUAGAAAUGGAGGAGCUGCAAAGCAUGCUGGGAAUCCAGGAAGUUGUAGAAGGAGACAAGCAGCAGAAAGGCAACACUCACAACAUGGCAGAAGAUUUUCAAAUGGGAAAUGGCUCAAACACGUCAGAAUUUCACUCUUCCAUAUCGAAGACCAAUGACAUCAUCUUAGGAGUGGUCUACACCCUGUUCGGAAUCUUUUCUUUGUCGGGAAACUCCAUGCUGCUGCUGGUGGCAUAUCGCAAGCGUUCUAUACUGAAGCCCGCCGAAUUCUUCAUCGUCAACCUGGCGAUCAGUGACUUGGGUAUGACAGCCACUCUCUUCCCUCUGGCUAUACCCUCGCUCUUUGCUCACAGGUGGCUGUUUGAUAAAGUGACCUGUGAAUGUUACGCCUUUUGUGGGGUCUUCUUUGGCCUUUGCAGCCUGACGAAUCUGACAGUUCUGAGCUCUGUCUGCUGUAUGAAAGUCUGCUAUCCGGCAUACGGAAAUAAAUUUUCUUUUACCCACUCACGGGUUUUGCUGCUCUGCGUCUGGGUGUAUGCCUUUUUAUUCGCCGUGGCCCCAUUGGCAGAGUGGGGGCGUUACGGCCCGGAGCCCUACGGUACAGCCUGCUGUAUAGACUGGAAGGCCUCCAACGGGGAGCAUCGAGCCAUGUCCUAUGUCGUGUCCCUGUUCGUCUUUUGCUACAUCCUACCCUGCACACUGAUCUUCAUCUCCUACACCCUCAUCCUGCUCACUGUGAAUGGGGCGAGGAGAGCCGUGAAACAGCACCUGUCACCGCAGAACAAAGGGAGCAACGUUCACAGCCUUAUCAUAAAGCUCAGUGUGGCAGUCUGUAUCGGCUUUCUCCUCGCAUGGACUCCUUAUGCUAUUGUGGCAAUGUGGGUGACCUUUGGUGAUGCCAGGCAGGUCCCGGCGAUAGCAUUUGCCCUUGCUGCUGCGUUCGCCAAGUCUUCUACCCUCUACAACCCCAUAGUGUAUCUGCUACUGAAGCCAAACUUUUUGAAUGUCAUAACCAAUGACCUGUCCGUAUUUCAGGCUGUGUGCGCCAUGGUCUGUGGCAUCUGCCGAACCCCCGUGAAGCAAGCGCCAUGUAUACAGGAUGUCAGGAGCCCAUUCAUGGAGAGCCGCUGCUGCCAUGAAACGAUUGAGUGCUUUGGUAGUUACCCACAAUGCUGCAGUUUGGGUCAGAUGGACACGAGCCACCAGGCCAGCCUCACUGAGGGCAAGACUCAACCAGCUAAUGCCGUAUUAGCUUCCUCAGUCCAUCUCGUGGUACAUUCCUCCAGAACUAAAUCCACCCAGGAAUCUGUGGAGAUCACAACGGAGUCUCUGCCACCAGAUUGUAUGAAAGGCUUUUUGUGAUUUGCCGACGCUGGUCACAUGACACCUUUCUGAUGUUUCUGGCCUUCCAGGAUCAGGCCUGUUUGUUUUGGUGUUGACUCAGUAAAAACUUUUCAAACAUUAUUGAAGUUAUGAGGAAAAAUUCUCCUCCCAUGGUCCAGUCACCCGAUGACAGAGCGAGGCCACCAGGGAACGUUUACAGGGGAAGUGUAUUGUGUUUUGGAUUGGUUAUUCUUGGUGUCUGCUGUCGGGUUCAGGGAGUUUUUCAGGCAACAGGCCUGCUUGGUUUUGGGGAAGAGGUUAUUUGACAUGGCUUUAAGUGAGUACUGCAGAAUGAUAAUAGGAGGUACCAGAACCAGGAGAAGAGUGCACUGGAUAUUAUAUAGCAACCCAUGGAGCUCUCACUGCUAAACAAAGCUGCAGUUCCACAGUAACCCAACCUAAUGGAUGCAUUUCAGAGUUCCAUCCCUUCACUGGAGAACUAUAGGCAAAACUUUUUUUCCAUUUUUGGAUAGAGUAAGGGAGAGUUAUAACCCCUGUCAGAUUUU